AUGCUAAAAACUGAUGAUGGCGUUGAACUUUACAAGGACGACGAAAAGGCUGAGCAUCUGUCCAGGUUCUUUCAGUCGGUUUUUACGAGAGAAGUCGCUGUACCCACUGAUCACUGCAAUGUGGACAAUGUCCCGACAAUUGACUCAGUGUUUCUCACAAAACCUAUUGUUCAACAGGAAUUACUGAAGCUAAAAGAAGGAACUUCGCCCGGUCCUGACGAAAUACCGGCAAAGUUGUUGAAGGAAUUAGCCACAGAAUUGGCAGAACCUCUGAGUCUCCUCUUCCAAGCCUCUCUUGAUGCAGGCAGACUGCCUCCUGAGUGGAAGACUGCGUGGAUUUCACCGAUUCAUAAAAAUGGCAGUCGCGCUUCCGCAAAUAACUACCGACCAGUAAGCCUCACCUCCAUAUGCUGCAAAGUUAUGGAGCGAAUUAUCAAAUGCGAACUGAUGCGGUUUUUAGAGCAAAAUCAUCUUCUGUGCGAUGCACAGCACGGUUUCCGCAGAGGGAGGUCCUGCUUGACCAAUCUACUCUACUGUCUUGAACAGUGGACCCGAGCGAUUGAUGAAGGAAACGUUGUGCAUGUGGCCUACAUAGACUUCAAGAAGGCCUUUGACAGCGUGUCACAUCAACGUCUCCUAAACAAGCUCAGCCGCAUAGGGGUAAGAGGCAAGCUUUUGAAGUGGAUUGAAAACUUUUUGGUCGGUCGGUCCCAGACUGUUCGUCUUGGUGGCCAGCACUCGGCAGAGGUGACGGUUACGAACGGAGUACCUCAGGGCUCCGUUCUUGGCCCUAUCCUCUUCCUCAUCUAUAUUGAUGACUGCAUCCAUGGAUUGGACUGCAAAAUUGCCAUGUUUGCUGACGAUAUAAAGCUUUGGACCGUCAUCCGCAACGAGGACGAUGAAGCAAAUUUACAGGCAAACUUAGACCGACUCGAAAAAUGGUCAGGCCACUGGCUCCUCCCAUUUAAUGUUACCAAAUGCAACAUUCUGAGGAUUGGCAGAACCAGCUCUGCGCACCGGAAGACGUAUUACCUAAAUCACACACCGCUGCCACUGGUAGAGGUUCAGAAAGACCUAGGGGUGUGGAUAACAUCUUCACUAAAGCCAUCAUUCCACUGCUUGAAAGCAGCAAAAUGCGCAAUGUCCAGCUUAUAUCUCAUUAAGCGGGCAUUUGCCAAGUUCGACGAAGAGUGCUUUCGCAAGGUCUUCGGGAUGUUUGUGCGCCCACAGUUAAGAUUUGCCAUUCAGGCCUGGAGACCCUGGACUGUUAAGGAUCGUACCACCCUCGAAAAAGUCCAACGACGGGCAACCAAGCUUGUCAGAGGUCAUAAAAACCUACCUUACGAAACCAGACUUUCAAAUCUUAACCUCUUUCCCCUGGACUACAGACAACUCCGUGGCGACUUAAUUCAAACGUUUAGAAUGUUACGGAGUCAGGACUGCUGCCUCGCAUCCGGCGACUUCUUUGAGCUGGCCACCACUACUAGCUUGAGAGGACACCCUCUGAAACUACGUGUGACAGGAGCGAGACUGGACGCAAGGAGGUCCUUCAUCAGCCACAGAGUGGUAAAGGCAUGGAACGCCCUGCCUGUGGAUGUCGUCAUGUCCUCAUCCGUGGACUCAUUUAAAAGAAAGCUUGACCAGUACAGGGAUAUGUACCUCCACAGCAUCAGAAACUAACGGAUUCCCCCCUGUGCCACCCGCCACAUCCAACGUUUUAUGUUACAAAGCAUGCUACUCCCUAUAUUUUAGUAACAUUACGUUUUACAAUGUUCGCUAUAUCCUGACCGCCACAUAUGCGCUUGCUUUGAUAUUACUUGGUCCAUUCAGUACCGUACUGGAUAUUGUACAAUUUUGACAUAGAAGGCAUUCACAGACAAAUUCAUACCAGUGACCAAUGCUUGUUGUAUGUAAUUACUUACCUAAUUUUUUUCACACUUGCCUUACACAUUGUUUUUUUUAUGACGUUAUUGUAACCAAAAGGGAGUUCAAAGGCACUCGCCUACUUUUCUCUUAAUAAAUCUGAUCUGAUCUGAUCUGAUCUGAUCAGUCGCGACAAGUGUUUUGAGGUCCUAUUUCGUUUUUUCAUGAAGCCCAAUUCUUACCUGCACUCUAGCGGUCUGCGGUCCGAGGCCUGAACUUAACACUGUGGAUGCGCUGCCCGGACAAGCAUUAAGCAGUUUACGGUAAAUGUUCCUAGCUGUAGAAUAUUUGACAAAGUAUAUAACUUAAAGAGUUCAUUCACGCCUGCAGUAAUGAGAACCGAAAGUAACAAACACGGGUUCUAUGAAAAACAAGCAGUAGAUACCCUGUGACUUUUAAUGGCAUCAGCACGAGAAAGAGGUUUGAGAACCAAUGAAGUGUUGUCAUACUCCCCUGCGAAACAGAUUAGUAAAUAGCCAAGAGGCGAUGUGGAAAAAUAGUUCUCGAAAUAAACGCUCAGCUACGACCUGAUUUAAGAAUUCUGUAAAAUCCUUAAAUAAAGCCGUGGAAAUCGCUUUUUGACUUCAGAUCGCAUAACAUCACUAUGAUAUCAAAGGCAAAGUUAAGUGCUACGAGCAUAUUUAUCGCCAGUUCUCACGACAACAUCAUUUGCAUGAAAAUUCAUGGGUGUACGAAAGCAGUACGUUGACAGUAUAAUCCAGUGUAUAUGGGGGACAUAGGCAGUGCAAAGCUGUUGGCGACGAUGUCGACUAUAAGCCCCACUGCAGGGCGAGCAGAGGAACAGUGGCUUAGGCAUAACUCGUUUUACGGGGGUUGGAGACUUGCGAUACAUCGACCGCACUCUCCUCCCUCCACUUUGAGCCGGUGUCUAUAAAGAUUUAAGAAGACUGGAGGGGGAAUAGGGUGCAUUGGAUGACAAGGCCAGAUAGGCAGCCUACGCAAGCUACACACGGCUUUCCCACAAACGGUGGCUCAGGAUUUCAUCAAAACAACAGAGGGACGGCAGGGAUCCCAACUGAGUUGAAGUGGAAUAAAGGCCACAUUGAGAAGAAGCCACUGAAUCAUCACUCUCUAUCCUAAGUAAAGGACGGAGUUACUCCAUAAACUGGCAGCAUUCCAAGCUACGACUUUUAGCACUUCAUGAUCGACUCAGACGCGUCGGAUUUUUUUAAAGAGAGGAAAAUACAUUGUUGGUCAAACUCAUUUUCUCUUCCCUCGCCCAAACACCAGUCUGUCGUCCGGGCCGGCCAGUUGCUGCACAAGUCUACAACCACUAUAAACUAACUCACGACCAAGUCACCGUCCCUGUUCUCACCCUGCCAUCGAGCCUAGAGUGGACAUCGUCGACUACGACGAUUAAAUCGUCGGUUUAGCGGCCGCGGCGAUUAUUUCACGAAUGACCGACCAGGCCGGUGGGUGAGAUGAAUGCGAGGGCAGUAUCGGCAGAGUUAGUUAGGAGCUGCUGAUUCGAUUGUAGUAGUGAAAUUGUUAGUGUAUGAGGAUUUGGUAGCGCUGGAGAUCGGAACGUUGUCGGAUGUGAAAUGUAGGGUCGGAGUAUUGUCAUUAUGCCUUAUUUUGUCCUGUUCGACAUGUAUGUGACCCAACCAAUGGAAAAUUAAAUGAAAAAUUUUUAUUCGAGACCCGUGGGGGUCCUGUCAUAGCAGUCUUGUCAAUAGGCGCGGUCAGCGAAGACGAAUAUAGUGCGUGUAUGCUAGGGCUCCUGACACUGGUUCGCCAUAUUCGGAUUCGUCAGUAACCGGCAAGCCCGAUACGAGACGCGAAUUUGCAAUCGCAAUAAGAACAAUUUGGGGUCUGGUCCACGAUGUGGUAGCAGGGAUAGUAGUCAUGGUGAUAGAAGUAGUAGUAGUAGUGGUAGUAGUAGUAGUAGUAGUAGUAGUAGUAGUAGUAGUAGUAGUAGUAGUAGUAGAAGACGGUGAAGGUAGCCGCCUCGACCGACGGGCUAAACCAGGUGCGGAUAUCCGUGAGUGCAUCUCCACAUACUGUAAUUCUGCCCCUUAUUACUUUUUCGUACCUCCUAUGUGAACUCCUCCGCACUUCGCUCCCUUUUUAUCUCUGCUCUACUCUACUGUUUUACCCUUCGAACGGAAGUCCUACGGUGGGAGCGACAUCAAUCACGUAGGUGGUCUAUGCCACUGGUCAGUCUCCAGCCAAAUCCUGUAACCCAUAGAGGAGAACGGUUUCCGUCUGAUGUGACAAAGCAGUCCUAUUUUGGUGGGAGUGGACUGCUUUCCUUUGCGAGGUGGAGGGGGCUAUAAUAGGCGCCCUAAACAAAUCUGAGUUCACGAAAUCUGCACGCAGACCGUGGCUCUCAGACUGUUAAACAUGCGGUAGAACACAAAACAAUACGAUAUCCUCUCUCUUCUUCUUCCUCCUAUUCCUCCCCACUGCCCCACAUCACAGGCAGCAAGGGUGAGUCGGCUUACUCUGGCCGCCUGAAGUGUUCGUUUUCUUUUAGGUAAUUCCAGGCGCAACCAACCGGAAUUAGAGGCAGCGCUAGUCGUUUGGGAAGUGAUACGCCACAAGGUGGACAUUACUGUGCCCAAAGAGGCCAGAUUCUCCAAACAAGGUCAACUGGAGGGGGUAAGUGCCAGCUACACUUUCUGCUAGAGCGGUCGCCAUAACUCAGAGCGACUUGACACGGCGUCGUCUUUACCAUCUGGAACGAAAUUAUGGGACAAACGCCCUCUCUAACGCAGGACACCAACGACCGUUUGGUGUGUCUCCGUUGGCCUCUCCGGAGAGCUAAAUUCGCCAUCGUCAUUGGCUCCUACGCCCUAACAGUGAGCGGCUGAGGUGAGGCAAAUAAAAAGCUUUACGAACACUAGCACGUCCUCUUGACGUCUGUGUUAAGCGCCAGUAAGUUGAUUGUCCUCGGUGCUGCCUGGAGAGGGGGCUGCAACGGCAGUGGCCUCCCUCUUAGGCGGACCUACACUAGGCGCCACCUCCUGCCGAGCAACACAUUCUUCUGCCUGCCGAUGCUGAAGAAGACCACCCGGAUACACUCUUGAUCGCGGAGCUGGAAGCUGCUGGGCUAUGCAUUCGUUAGACUGCGAGCUCGGCAGGAUGUGAUUGUGACCAAGGCGACCUACGAUACCGGUGGCUGGACGGACCACCGCCUCGUCAUUUCAAGAUGAAUGUCGUCUGCAAGCCAGUAGGAGGUCACAAGGCAAUAGACGCCCGUGUAAGCUGAAUACAACUUGGUCAAUUUUCCUCCUCAACGUUUGCAGUUCGGCAAACAAACAGAACAUCUGCUGGCAGCAGAUGAAAACGCCUCCGUGGAGACUCGAUGGUGCCGAUUACGAAACGCCGUCUACUCGACCGACCUGGCUGUCCUUGGUCGCGCACGUCGCCAGCACCAGGACUGGUUUGACGAAAACGACGCCACCAUCAGUAACCUGCUGCCCGAGAAGAAUAGACUGCAUGGAGUCUACCUUGAUCGCCCAACCGAUGCACACAAAGUGGCCUUUUACCAAUGA